CCUGCUCGAGCAGAAGCUCUUUUUUUUAAAUCCCCCUGGCUGGCCUGGAACUAAGAGAUCCCCCUGUCUGAGCCUCCCGAGUGGUGGGAUUAAAGGCGUGCGCCAUCUCACUUGGUCCAGAAACUCCUUACUCCACCAUGACCAGCCUUUAGUGCCAACAGCCCUUGGGUAAAUGAGGAGGGUCAUCGCUGACCAGGGACUUGGAGGUUGGCGGAUGACCCGGGCAGGACAGUGCAACAGCGGGCUUUGGAAAUUUCUUUCAAGCGGGGCAUGGUGGCUCACGCCUGUAACCUCAACCAAAGCGAUUUAGAGGCCUGGACGGCAUUGAACCCAGAUCCUGUCUCAACACACACAGACGCACACGCACAAGCGAUUUAGAGGGUACCCCUGAACUCGCCUUGUGUCGAAUUAAGAUAUCAAGUUAUGAAAAGGUGAAGGAUUGGACCCACAUCAGAAACCUAGGGCUGUACCAGCUCACCAUGGAUAUCAUAAUGAUGAUACGAGUGUGUAAAAUGUUCCGCCAAGGCCUCAGGGGAUUCUGGGAAUAUCAAAUCACUGAGCCUGCUCACAGGAGGCACCCCAUCUUCUCCUUUUGGGAUAAAAGGAAACAAAGCCGGAUUACAUUUGAUACCUUGGACUUUGUUGCAGAGGAGGGUCACUUCCCUCUGAGGGCCAUCCACAUCACACAGAAGAAGCCGUCCUGGAGAACGGAGCAGGAGAUCCAAACCCUCUGCAAUAUCCUUCAGGACCUGGAUUGCUACCGGAACUAUGCAGAACCCCUGCAGCUGCUCCUGGCCAAGGUCAUGCGCUUUGAACGGUUUGGUCGCAGGCGAGUGAUCAUCAAAAAGGGGCAGAGGGGCAACAGCUUUUACUUCAUCUAUCUGGGCAGAGUCGCAGUGACUGAGGAUGAGGAUGGAAGCAGUGCCUUCCUGGAUCCCCACCCAACAUUGCUGCAUAAGGGUAGCUGUUUUGGGGAAAUGGGCCUUCUGAGUACCGCACUAAGGAGGGCCACGGUGGUCUGCAUGGAGGAAACGGAGUUCCUAGUUGUUGACCGGGAAGAUUUCAUGGCCAGUAAGCUGGACGAGGAAGUUCAGAAGGAAACACGUUAUCGGUUUGAUUUUUUUAGGAAGUUGGAUCUGUUCCAAUCUUGGUCUGAUGAGAAACUCUGGGAUCUGGUGAGCAUGGGAAGGAUAGAGAAGUUCUCAUAUGGGCAGCUGGUGUCAAAAGACUUUGUGGAGUCAUCAUUUGUCACAUUUAUCUGCAAGGGCAGCUGUGAAAUCCUGCGGAUGAUCAACCUCGGGACCUCCCCUUCCUAUUACAACUGGGUCUGGCAGCAUCUGAAGCUGCUGGACCACAUGCCUGUGACGGUUCACCUCAAUGGUAAGCCAGAUGGCCACAUAUGGCAUGUGACAGCACAGCUGGCAGGGAGAGAAAUGUCUCCUAUGGAGAGAUUUAAGGAAUUCCAGAUCAAAUCAUAUCCCCUACAAGACUUCAACUAUUUGAAACUUCUGUGUCUCCAGAAAGCCAGGAAGCAACAAGGAAUAACCUUCCAUGGGAAUAUCAACACCUCAGAAAAUAGUCUCCUAAAGUUGCUGGGCCCAAAAGUCAAAUCCAGGUACGGAACAUCAGUCAAAUGUUCCAUGGGCAAUACCAUGUUUGGUGAACUCCCCAAGGACGCUAUAGUGGGGGUCUAUAUGAAGAUCCAUACUGUGGAAGAAGGAGAUGUUGUGGGCUCUCACCAGGUCUUCCUCCCAGAGAGCCAGCGUGACACACGGACCUUCAUCCUUAUGAGCCUGGGAGCAGAGUUGAUACGGGUGAAAAAAGAAAAAUUUUAUGACUUGAUUGAUGAAGACACAAGAGAAAAGUUCUUAAAGAUCGAGGCUGAGUAUCCUAGUGACGAGGAGCUGUGCCAGAGGUUCCUCAGGGAGAACGACUGGAAUAUCUUCCGGAAGGAUCUGGUGCGGCUGCUGGUGGAGCCUCUCCAAAAGCAACUAUUCACCCCCAUCCAGAUCAAGAAGAAAGAGAUCUACAACCCCAAAUCUUUAGUCCUGGAUUUGUGUAGCCUCAACAAGAGGUCUAAGCAACGUCAUCCCAUUUUUCUGGCACCCCAGAAAUACCUUCCCCCACUGAGGAUUGUCCAAGCCAUCUCAGCACCCCGGCACAAAAUCCGAGAACUCCUGCCAAAAACAAAACAAAACCAAAAAACCCACAAAACAAUAUUUUAGAUGAUUCCUACUGGGUUUUUUGUUGCUGUUGGGGUUUGUUUUUGUUUUUGUUCUGGGAUUAAAGGCCCACGCCACCACGC